CCCACGCUCAUACUCACUUACACUCACUUACACUCACUUACAUACUCACUUCCACUCAUUCACACACUUAUAUUGACUGAAAAUGGGAGCCCACAGAGUUGAUUACCGCAUGUCGAAGCUAAUUGUCCUUUGCAAGGAUUGUGGCAAAGACGUUGGAAUGUACCCAGCCAGACACAAUUGUGAAUACUUGCUGCAUGCACAAUUACCCCCUCUUACACAAUUACCUGAGAGCUCAUUGAAUGAACGAUCCCCUGGCUCAGACUCCAGUUCCAUAAAAUCUUAUUUUGGCUUCUCUCGACAAUCCUCAGCCCUAUCCCGACAGACAUCAGAGCUCUCGGUUGGCUCAGUGGAAUCCGACAACACUACCAGCACAACCGGCACAAAUGCUCACAGCAAUAAAUGGGCUCGCUUUCAGAAACCAGAAGAGACAGAUGGCUCAUACUAUGAUAAAUUCGCUGCUAACCUUCCGGAACAACCAGAGACUGGAAAAUCAUUAUGGGGAAGAGUCCGUCAGAACGAGAAAUGGAAACAGAUGACGGCUGAAAAGAGUGAAAGUAGACGAACGAGCGGGAAGCUUUGGGGUAAAUUAUUGAAUGCUACUCAGGCGAUGUCGGUGAGGGAAGAUGAACCAGAGUCGGAUGGAUCUGACUAUGAAGGCGAGAGCCAUGUGUCACGGAUCCUGCGUGAAUACUAUGGAAAACAGCAGAAGCCUCUACCUGAUUGGAUGCGGGAAUCCCCUGUCCAGAGACGUGUAACGGUACACACGUCGGAAAACAUUAAUCGUCAACAAUCUGGCCGAAGAAGACUCUGGGAGACUUCUGAAGACAGACCUACGCCAAGAGAACUAGAACGCCAUUCACUAAGAUCAAGUCCAAGGGACCACACGAGAAGCUAUGUGGUCUAA